CAGAUAGCAGCCGGAGUAGCAGGUGUAGCUCCUCCGCUUCUUGUGAGAUGGCUGUUAGCGGCACCAAGACCUGGGCCCGGCCAGUAAUGGAUACUCACUCCGGUAAAAUGCCGCCAUGGAAGCGGGAGAUGAUGGAGAGGAAGCGGGCUAAGAUGGGAGCAAUGUCCGCGGUUUCCUCACGGGGCAAGGAUAGCGCACCUGCGGCUCAAGAGGAGAAGUUAGUGCUGCAUGACAGCCUGGGACCACUGCAUGAGAACCCCUUCAUUAAACUGGAAAAGGAACGUAGGCGCAGGAGGCCUCAGCAGCAUCACUCCCCGGGGAGAGGUGGAUCGACAGCCACCCCUAUCCGACAGUUGCUGGACCUGUAUAGCCAUGUGCCAGGGAUCCGCACCAUCAGGGCAGAAAACAUUAUUAUCAUUGAGUCUGAUCCAAGCUUUUUUGAAGGAAGGGCAGAGAGUGGAAGUAGCACCAAGCCUCAUGCAGAUCCUAUGGAAGAGCUGCUGGCCAAGAGGGGAAACAAAGUGACAGAAAUAAGGGCCUCUGAAGUGGUCAUUUAUGAGCCAGACCCAUCUAUCAAAGAAAAAGGGUCAUUUGGACUUGAUCAUGCUCAUACUGAUGUGAUAGAAGAGGCUGGUAGGGUCAGCAGGUUGCUGGAGAAGUUUGACCAUGGACAUAGUAGACCAGUGCGGAGCAGAAGUUGGGAGAAUCUGCUGGAGAAAGAUUCUACAUCCUCAGUUGCUGACCAGCAGAGCAAGUUGCCAAUGCCAAUUUCAUCUGCCAAGAGGCCAAAUCAAGCCCCAUUAAGCAAGGCACCCAAACGAUCUGGAGAGAUUUCACCUUCAUCUUCGUCCUUCUUGGAUGAGGAUAGUAAACGUUUUCCUCUUAACAAUCCAUCUUGGCUUCCUUCUAAACCCCCUGCAGUCCAUUUGCCUGACCCCUCAAAGUUUCAUAAAAGACCUUCCAGCCCCUUAUCACCUGUGAAUGCUAGCCCUACAUCACCAUCAUAUCCUUUAGGGCUUCUGUCUUCUCGUUAUGAAUCUUCUACAGAUGGCAAAAUUGUGUCUCCUGGGGUGGCCACUUUCAGAGAGAGGUUUGAGUCUGUCUCUAUGCAAAAUAAUCAACCCAUGUCAAAGCUGAAUGUUUCUCAUAAGAAUGGUAAUACUUUUGUUAUCAACCCUAAAGCUGCUAAUACCAAGGUAAACUCAUCCGAUAAAAGUUCUAGCCCAUCUAAAGAUCACCCACCUCUCAUUAAUGGCCAUGUUGAACUUUCUGAUUUAGAAGUAAAUAAUGGAUCAACAAAAGUCCAGGAUCUCCUUUCUAAGAGUAAGAAAAAUUGGGGAACCAUUAGUCAGAGGGCAUCUGAUGGACAUGGGCAAGUGCCAUCUUCUACAAGUGUUUCCAGUAACGAGAUCUCUAAAGUGGCUAGCUUUCAGGGGCCAAAAUCAGUGGAUGACCCAGUUAAAUCUAAAAUACCCCCCAAAGCCAGUGCCACGCAGUGUGAAACUAACUCAUAUAAUCACUGUGACCCAAGUUUGACCAGUGCCACUCCUAACCAGAAAAACAGAGUUUCAUUUUCUACCAGUACAAAUGAUACUUUUGAAAUACGACCAGCUGAAAAACCAGAUAUUACAAAUAUACCUGAUAACGAUGUGCAGGCAAAGGCUCUAGCAAACAUUCGCAUGCAGUCAAAAAACUCUUUUGUUUUUGUUCCAAAGAAGAGACAGGCCCCUUCCAUACCAAACCAGGGUAAUCAGUUGAAGAUUCCAAACACUGACAAGCCAAAAGUAAAAGACAGUGCUUCCACUUUUAAUGGUCACAAGGAAGAGUGCAUACGUUCUCCAAAUGGUUUUCCAAGAAAUGGAGGAGAUACUGUAUCACAAACAAGCCAAGAGGACUCUAUUGAUGGUAUUGAAAGGUAUGAUCAAUUAGUUAAUUCUACAACACCAAACACAUCUACUGUUCCUGCACUCUUGGACUUUGACUGGAAAAGUGGUCUUUUGCCACCUCAUUCAUCCACAGAGAGCCACUCUUUUACAGACAUAGGAGCUGAAUUGGAGUAUUUCAGCAGCGUCCACCACGGAGAUGAAGUUUUAUCAAUCCCUGUUACCAAAAUCCAUGAUGAGGAACUUAAACUGGAAAUUCCUGUCACAAAUAUAGAUGACAUAGUUAAUUAUGAGGACAGAAAUACAAACCAAGAGGCCAAACAAUAUCUAAAAGAUACUGAAAUUGCUAUACCUUCCUAUCGACCUCAUUCUUCUCUGAACUCUGUCCGCUUUAAAGGAGGAAACACAUUCACUGUAGUGCCCAAAAGAAAACCUGUUACUGAACAAGAGGCUUUAAGAACUCCUGUUGUGGAGCAGGAUGACGAGGAUGAGGAGGAUGACGGCAGGACCAAAAGAAAAUCCACAGAUGGAACUGAAGCUCCUUAUUCUGAGCUCGGAGCAAUGCUCAAAAAGAGAUAUCCAACUGUGGAUGAGAUCCAAGUUAUUGGUGGAUAUCUUUCCCUGUCAAAAUCUUGCUUAUCCAAAGUUGACUCUACUAGAAAAAAGCAGAUGAAGAUUUCCUUCAACGAGAAGAACAUUCACACAAUGUUUGAGUAUCCUUCUGAGAACUCGCUGGCCGAGGAUGCCGGGGAAGAGGAAUCUAACGAAGUAUCUGGCUCCGAAUCUGAGGAAGACGAGAAACCUCUUAUCCUCCUCCCACGGCCAACCUUUGUCAAUACUGGAGGAGCCAGCAAUGCUCUGCGGGCCAACGCUGCAAACUCAGGUCUCUCUAGCUACACCCCCAAACACUCCGUAGAAUAUAGCAAAUGGCAAGAAAAGAAAUACGAGGAGACGCCAUCCCCGGACAGCAAUACUAUACAUGAAGAUAUGCUCACUCCGGCUGACAGCAGCUCCCACUCAGACUUUCGGAGCGAGCCUGCCCUGUACUUCUAGCACUUUCAAAAUGGACACCUAACGGUUGUGCACAAGACUUCUCACAUCAGUUUGGACUGUUUGGAAAAAAAACACCCCUUUCAACAGGAAAUCACUGCCCUGACAUCAGCACUCCGACAUAAAGAAGUGUCUAUAUACUGUCUGUUGGGUUACAGACUUGACCAACUUGGCUCUCCUGUACAGAAUAGAUGCGUUUUACCACUUUUGCUUUACUCAUUUCCAAUUUCCAGCCUACCAGGCAACGAUAUACCACUGCUUCACUCCAUGGAAUGUGUUAACAACAUCAUAUCUGUGUUACAGGUUUAACAUUCACAGGGGCCAAUGUAAACAAUUUCAGCUGCUCACUCUUAUACUGGAACAAUCAGUGGAGCUCUGUUAAUUAUAUUAAUUAGCAGGAGUAGUUCACACUGUUAUGAAUAUUGUAAGCUCCGCCCUCUGGUGGUGGAGGACUGUUUUGCAGUCUGUUAUGUCUCAGUGGUUUUGGGUGUUUUGACCAUAGGAUCUGUGUGUUCACACCGGUAUGAAUGUUGCAACCACCGAGGGCAAGUUUUGUUUUUUUUAUUUGGUAGGUUCAGGUGCUUGGACCAUAGGAAUUUGUGUGUAUGUUUCUGUGAGUUGCCUCUUGGAUUGCAUUGUGUGAUUGACAAGCUGAUGCAGCAACUAAUCUAACGUGCACUGAAAGCUACUCUUGUUUAAAGGUAGUUUAGUUCUGCAACAGCAAUAGGUGUCUUUUUAAGUACCAACCAUAUGCAGUAUAGGGCAGUUAUAUAUAGAACAGAAAUAAUUUAAUAGAGUAAAUAGAUUGCAGAUGAGAAACCAGUAUACAGUGCUCUACUGUAGAUCAGAACUGACUCUGUACUGUAGAUCUGUAGAUCAAGCAGUUUCAUAUACCAUAUAUUAUUACCUUUUACUGAAUAUUAUACUAAUGUUUGGUGCUUCAUAGUUGAAGCUCUGGGAUGUCUUUAAAACAGAAGAUGUGCAGGAAUAUUUAUGUCAUUCUGUAGGUCAGUUUACAAUAUGUGACUGGUCUGUAAGCCGGCAACAUUUGGCUUGUGAUUUUGGUAACGAUCCAUUUAAACAAAUUGUGUGUCUUGAUCUGUAAAAAACAUAAACCUACUCCUAUGGAAGGGUAUGGAUAACAAUGGUGUCCCCAGCUAGUUUCUUGUUAAAGCUGUACAUGAUGAUACCUUGAAUUUUGAUAUUACUCCUUAGACCAAGUUACAGCUUGUGCCAUCUUCCAUUUAUAGGUCAUAUUAUACUACCUAACACUCCGUGUAAGCUGGAACUCCUUGCAGUGCCUGUAGGCACAAGUCUAGUUUUUCACCAGCUCAACCUAUACUUAUAGUAAGUUCAUUAAUUGUUAGAUUCAGGGACAGUGAUAUAAAUGGCAUUUUUGGGCAGUGACUUGUUACCUUUUUGGAGACACUCAGUUGUCCACAUUUAAUUGUAAGGAUUUACACUCCAACGAUGAGGCCACAUUGGCUUUGGACCAUUCCAUUAAAUAUCGAUGCAAGGCAAGUUCAGAGAACAGCCUACUUAUGCAGGUUUAUUAGCAAGUUUUGCAGACCAUCUUUGUUAGCAAAGUGCUGAGAUGUAUACAAAAAAAAUAUAAAAGAAUUCUGCAGCCUUCAGGUCUAAAGUAGCCCUGUCAUAUGCAUUAUUCAUUAACAUGCAUAUUCAAGUAAACUUUGGUCACUUAAAAUACUGAAAAACAGGAUUCCACCUUUGUCUGUCAUAUUUUGGAAAAACUAUUUAAUUUUUCAUAUAAUUAGGUAAGGACAUGCAAGUGAGAUAGACCUAACAUCAGAUUAGUAAUCCUAUCUCUUUAUAUUGUGUGUACACAGACUAUACCAGAGUUUUUAUCGAUGAAGGUUUAAACUCAAGGUGUCAGGGGAAAGUGAUGUUAUUUUAUUCCAUACAACGCUACAAACCUAAAGAAUCUCUUAGCCUAUUCCUUGUUAACCUUUACCCUCCUCGGCCAGCUAAUUGAUUUUGUUUUAACUUUUACACUCCUUGACCAGCUAAUCACUUGAUAACUUUUUGCACUACUUGACCUGCCAGCAGCUAUUUGCAAAGUGGCAGUUAACACUCCAGAUUUUAUGUUAAACAUUGCACCCAAACGGAAUCCUUGUGAUACACAUCGCAUGUAAUAUAUAACAUUUCCAUUAGCCAGGAAUUCGGUAAGGACACAGCAAUUCCGCUGCCCUUUCUGUGCCUGGUUACAUAUCGGCAUUUCCAGCAGAGCAGUCUUGUUUGCACUAAAAUUACAAUUGUUCCUGUUCACUAAGCACAACAUAGUCACACAUGCUUGGUUCAAGUACUCUCACACAUGUCGGGCAGCAUCAUGGAUCCACUGUGUAAGGGAGACCAUAUGCAUGUUUAGCCACUAUCAAAGUCACAUUGAGAAUUUUCUUUAUAAUUGUUGGCUUUAGAAAGCACUUCACAGCAUUGCAAUGCCAUGUAUCAUGCUGUGACAUCAGGGUGUUGUUUGUUUACUGCUGGAGAUAUCUUACAUAGAUCUGGCCUGUAAGACGGCUUUCAAAUGGAUUAAAUGAAAAAAUACCUUUGAUUUAAAGGGACAGUCUACACCUUAGUCAUCUUAAUGUCUUACCUUAGAUUAAGCUAGCUUCAAAUAACCUCCUUCAGCCUUUCUAUAUCAUGCAGCAGUAAAAUUUAAUAUAGUUUCUGCCAACUUUGAAAUGACUGCCAAGCUCCGCCCACUGAUGACAUUACAAUCUGUGCUGCAUAUUGAAUUCUAUCAGAAUAGUCUCACUAGUUAGAUUCAAUAGACUGUCAAUGCUAUUCAGCAGAGUACCUAGAUGCAACUCAGAUCGUGAUGUCAUCAGUGGGUGGAGUUUGGCAGCCAUUUCAAAGUGGCCAGAAACAAUAAUCAUUUUAAAAUAUAUUUUUUUUUUUACCAUUCUUGUUGCAUGAUCUAGAAAGGGGUGCAGGAAGCUAUUUACAUAAUAAGACUUUUACAUAAUUAAGGUGGAACUAUCCCUUUAAUUUCAUGGUAAUGUUUAUGUACUGCUCCACUCCUUCACGGGCAUAUCCUGUGAGAAUUCAGCUACUUCCUAGGUAAAUUUGCAAACGCUUACUAGGUGCUGUUAGAAGCACUAACCCAAAUCCAGUAGGUAGAGUUAAGGAUUGUGUGUUUUUAGGGACACAGUUUCUCAGUGGGGCUGUGGUCAGUGUUUCUAACAGCCUUUGGUAGCCCUAGGAGAUUGUUAAUAAAUUGCAAGUGAAGUUAUUUAUCAGUACUCGGUCUACUUACAAGCCAUUGUCACUGUGUUUGAUUAUCACAAUGCAUUUAAUCAUGUGGACGCCAAGGAAUUAAAUGGUUUCUGGGGAACUAUGGAAGAGUUGGCAAGUAGCCUUUUUGCACUUAGAAUAUGUAGAAAGGGUGUUCCUUUGUUAGCAAGCAGAUUAGCAGGAACACAAAUAAUAAAAGUGAUGUAUCGCUGAUAGGGUAAUGAAAGAUUAAGACACCCUAAUCCUUUUUAGCGUAACAUUUUUGUACUAGUGGCCCUUGCCAACUGUAUUUAAUGUACACAAAGGGGUUAAACUCGUAGCUUUAGCCCCACAACACUGCAGCACCCGAGCAGGAAACAGUUUGUGAUUGGCUGCUACAUACAUAUGCUGCUCUUUAUUGGCUGUAUCCUGUUUAGCAGCUCUAUGCGUUGUGGCUCCUAAAUGGGAAUUUAGCUGUGUGUUUCACUCAUUUGUGCGGCUAGGGAUCUGCUGAAAAUGGCAGCAGCGUUAGUCUUUUUGGUGCUGGUUAUAUUUGUCCAGAAGUGCAACAAAUAUCUUCACAAAUCCAGAUGUGUGUUCUACUUUUGUACAAAUAUAUCCGGAGCCAAAUGCCACAGACUGCAGCCUUUGCAUAUCCCUACUAGAUAGUUAAAGGGAUACUAAACCCAAAUGUUUUCUUUCAUGAUUCAGAAAUAGCCUGCAGUUUUAAGCAACUAACAUUUACUCCUAUUAUCAAUUUUUCUUCGUUCUCUUGCUAUCUUUAUUUGAAAAAGAAAAAAUUGUCAUGUUAGAAGACAGCCCAUUUUGGGUUCAGCACCUGGGUAGCGCUUGCUGAUUGGUAGCUACAUUUAGAGACCAAUCAGCAAGCGCUACCCAGGUGCUGAACCAAAAAUGGGCUGGCUCUUAAGCGUUCAUUCCUGCUUUUUCAAAUAAAGAUAGCAAGAGAACAAAGAAAAAUUAAUAAUAGGAGUGAAUUAGAAAGUUGCUUAAAGUUGCUACUCUAUCUGAAUCGUGAAAGAAAACAUUUAGGUUUAGUAUCCCUUUAAUAAGGGACAUUAGUCCAAAUAUAACAUACUCUAACUGUAUAGAUGGUUUUAUUUUUACAUUGCUGUGUCUCUUUAAUAGCUGCCUGCAAGGUAAAAUGGUUGCACAUUCUCCAGACACUAAGACUCUUUCAGAACUAGCUAAUAAAGAGAGCUUAGUGUCCUGAAUUCUUAGGAUUGUUUCCCCCUUAGCUAUAAUACCUCUACAUUGCUUUUAUUAUAUUCUACACAGAAUCCUAUAAUUCCAAUCGUAUUCUCCACAACAUUCUGACUUGUACGCAAACAAAGACUUCACCCUCUCUUCCAUUUUCUAUACAGUUAUGUAAUAAUGUUUCUAUACAAGCGACAUGAUAUGAUGAAUACAUUACUGCCUUUUUAUUGCUGCAAAUUAUCUGUUAAUUGUUAAAUAUUUUGUCUGACACAAUUGUCUCUCCAAUCACCCAUGUCUGAAUAUUGGGGAGAUGUGUAAUCCUAUUCAAUUGUCUUCUAUGUCUAAUUUGUUUUUGUCUUGUUAAGGAAAAUAUAUAUAGAUAUUUUGCACUUGAUUUCAUAAAGUUUAUGGAAGCAAUUAAUAUAUAUGAAAGAUAAUUAACCGUUUCCUUCAGAUGUUAUAUAUUAGCCAGUUCUGGUUACGUGGCCAAAGUCUGUAUUUUGUUUUUCUUGUGUUAAACUUGGACUUGUUAGUUUUCAAUCUUUUUGUAAAUGGUUUUAGAUUACAUUCCAAACUCUCUGACUUUAUAACUGAAUACAGCUGUAACCAGACGAUUUAAUAAAUAAUUUCACUGCAGGAGAAUUAUGUGAA